ACUACAGCAGUCGUAUCAACAAUAGUCGUAGACAUACGUCAUCACACACGUGCGCGUCGCCCGAUGAGAUAACGGUACGCGAUAACGCACAAUCAUCAUGGACUACUCGUACCUGAACCAAGCCAACUUUGACGGUCUGACCGGCACCACCACGGCCGCGUCUAACAUGGACCACGCGGCCAUGGGAUACGGCGACCUGACCACGUGCGGCCAGAUGACGCACGCCGCGUACCGGUUCGGUCCCACCGCGUCCAUGGCCGCUCGGUCGUACAAUACGGCCAUGGGCCAUCACCUGUCGGCUGCCGCGGCCGCUGCGGCUGUUGCGUCCGGCAACGGCCACAACGGCAGCGGCGUCACGUCCGCAGCCGCCGCCGCAGCCGCAGCCGCCGCUCGAGGACACCACCACGGACAUCACCAGGACCAUCACCCGGGGCGGCCGACAAUGUUCUCGACCGCAAUGAAUUUGCCAGGUGGGUUAGCAGCAUAUAAAAGUCUUCCGUACACUACUCAUGACAGUAUUCUAACGGAAAAAAGAAAACAAAGGAGAAUACGGACUACUUUUACUUCAGCACAGUUGAAGGAAUUGGAAAGAGCUUUUCAAGAAACACAUUAUCCUGAUAUAUACACCAGAGAAGAGAUCGCCAAACACAUAGAGCUUACCGAGGCCAGAGUUCAGGUGUGGUUUCAAAACCGCCGAGCGAAAUUCCGAAAACAGGAAAGGCUGGCGCAGCAAAAAUCGUCGCAAUCCAGCAGCAGUAGCACGGUGGAUGCGACCAGCAUAAAAACCGAGCCGAAACAAUGCGGUCAAUCGAAAGACGGCAAGCCUGGCACACCGUCCACGCCUGGUAGCAUAUCUUCUAACAACGGUUCUACCGACAUGAAAUCAGUCAAUGGAUCAGCGAUAAAAAUGUCUGAGCAAUCGGAAGGGGUGAACAACAACAAAUGGCUGUUGGGCCAGGGCCAGAACUACACGCAGCUCCACCACCAGCUUCAGCAACAGUGUGGUGGUGGAAGUGGUGGUGGUGGUGGUAGUGGGGGCGGUGGUGGCGGUGGUGGUGGAGGGAACGGGUCACCAGGAAACAAUUCACCGGCUCACAAGAUGAAUGGCGGCGGCGGCAGCACGCACAAUCACAAUCACCACCAUCAUCACCACUCGCCAACGUCGCAUCACCAACAGUUCGCCCACCACCCGUUCAGUUUGUUGGGCGCCGCCGGACCGGCUAGCUACCUGCUCGGCUCCGACUCGCUCAAGGUCACCGGUGGCGGUGCGGGCGGCGGACCAGCCGGGUCCAAUCACGUCUUGUUCUGAACUACGUUGCAAUGAACCGCGGGCAAACUUGGUCACUAUAUUAUAAUAAUAAUAUUAGGCAUAUUAAACCAUGACAAUUAUACGAGUGACGGUACACAUCAGAAUAUUAUUUUGCCAAAAUAAUAGCUUGUACCUAUACACGUCAUGCACGAUUAUCAACGAUCGCAUUUCACCGUUUUGUACAUAAUAAUAUUAUUAUAAAAUUUAUAUAUAAUAUACGCAAAAAAAUUAUAUAUUGUAAA